CUUUAGCCCUUGUCUCUCGCUAGACCCCAUCAAGCAUCAAAUAGCCCACCAACCAUUCAGUUUAGAGAAUUGUUUCCACAAAAACUCGUAUAUCUAUCUAUAUAUACUCACAAUGGCAUUCCCAAGCAACACAAGUCACUCACCAAGUAAGAAUUCAAACAUUUCUUUCAAACACAGGCUCUUGCAUUCAUUGUAUUUAUUGUUCUCUUUGCAUUUCAACUCAAAACAAUGGGAUUUCGCUUACCUGGCAUUAGAAGGUCAUCUUUUGGUGUGACCAAAGCAGCUUCCAAGGCUGUGGAAGUCCCAAGAGGCUAUCUAGCAGUGUAUGUUGGAGAGAAACUGAAGCGGUUUGUGAUUCCUAUUUCAUACUUGAAUCACCCUUUAUUUCAAGAAUUAUUGAGCCAAGCUGAGGAAGAAUUCGGAUAUGAUCAUCCAAUGGGUGGUCUUACUAUUCCUUGCAGGGAAGAUGCUUUCUUAGACAUAACUUCUCGUUUGAAUAGGCUAUAAUAAAUCAUGUUGAAGGAAACUGACAUAGAU